AGUGGACGGUGGUGGGGGCGGGGCAAGCGCGGAGGACUAGGGACGCGCUUCCCACCGCGCAGUUAGCGCCUCCUGGCCUGGGGCGGACCCGGUCAGAGUUCUCCAGUUGUUGUCCCUAUGGGGCUGUGUUUUCCUUGUCCCGGGGAGUCCGCACCUCCCACGCCGGACCUGGAAGAGAAAAGAGCAAAGCUUGCAGAGGCUGCAGAGAGAAGACAAAAAGAGGCUGCAUCUCGGGGAAUUUUGGAUGUUCAAUCUGUGCAAGAAAAGAGAAAGAAAAAGGAAAAAAUAGAAAAACAAAUUGCAACAUCUGGGCCCCCACCAGAAGGGGGACUUAGGUGGACAGUUUCAUAAAGCAUAACAUGAGUAGAAGAAUCUACUGCUAAUAACUGUUUAUUAUCUGCAAUCAAGUGGACUUCAUCAAUUUAAUUUCUUCUCUUUGAAUAAAUGAAGAUUCAGAUUUUGUAAUAUUAUUGCCCUUAAGUGCAAUGCUAAAAAAAACUUUGAUUUUCAAGCUUAGAAAAUGGCUAGACUUUUCAUUAAAUACUAAUUUUCCUACAUUUGCUCUUCUGCAGUUAGUGGGUGAUUUGCUAUUUUUCUUAGUAAUUAAAAAAUGGAACUAAAUAGUGAAUAUACAUACAUUGCAUGUAAAAAUUCUGCAUAUACCUCUAAGAUUAAAAUUUGCAGUUGUCUUUUCAUCCUUUGUAAUAUGAUCUAACUACUUAUAUUUGUGCUGCGUCACCUUACAUCUGUUUUUAUUUCACUAUAUAUGAAGACGUUUGAUUAAACUUAUGGACUUAGUGCCUUUAAACUGAUCAUCAGGGAGAAUCUUGAAAAAAUCAUUUGAAGGGCUGAUGUGAAGGAGCACUGUAAAGUUUUAUAACUUACUAAGUAAUGAAUAUUCUUAGGCAGAUGUUAAAUUUUUUCUAAUUCAUUUUUAUUUAUGUAGCUUGUAAAAUUAACAUACCAUGUUUUACAUUAUGAUAAAGGGUUUUUUUUUGUUUGCUGAAUUUAAAAUUAUAUAUUAGUGAUACCAUCAGAGGGCAGUGAUGUUCUAGUGUAUAUUAAAUUCAGCUCUGUAAAGAUCUUUGUAGUAAUUGAAUGAGUUUAAUAAUCUGGAUGGGUUAUAAUGAGUAGUAAUAUAUUUGUCCAUAUUUCAUAAGUAGUGUUAAUCUUGUGUACUAGAGCUUCAUCAUAAGAUUUAUACAGAUGUGAAACUGCCAAGGCAAGUAUGAAUGUAUAAAAAAACAUGUAGUAGGUAGUGUACUUACAAAAGGUCUACUUCAGAUGUAAAAAUAUUAGGAGGUAAUUCUGUACAAUGCAUAGUCAUAAACCUUAACGUUGUUUAUUAGAAACAUGAAUUUUAUAGCAUUUUUUGUUUCUCCUAUAUAAUACACUGAAAUAAAACAAUUGGUGUUAGCUAUUAAGGCUGAUAGCUCUUUUAAAUGGCAAGGCCACAUGUUGAGCCCUAAAUUAGAAUUUGCAGAUAUUAAGUGCCAAUAGAAAUUUUAAGUUAAAUCAACCAAGUUCACUUGCUUUACGCAAAGGAAACUGAACCACUAUCUUCAUCUAUCCCUCCCACAAAACUUAUACUGCGGUGUUCUGUACAUGUUAAUUGUAAAAAGUUUGAACUAUUAUACAGGUCUCUUGACUUCUCAUGGAAAAAUUAUUUUUUCUAUUAUGGUGUGAAAUAUUCUGUGAAUAGGAAAACAUAAAAUUUGACUCAGUUUUCUUUAUUCUUUAGAGGAUUCAUGCUGUUUUUGUUCAUAAAGGAUAGUGAAAUCACGAAUGAAAAUUUUUGAUUUUAUUAAAAUGAUUUUUUCAAGGCAAAAAGGAAAAGGAAUGAUCAAUAGCUCAGUGCAUAUAGAGCUAGAGCAUAUCAUCCUUGAACUCUGCAAAUCCUUUCUCCUAUUUUAAUAUAGCAAGAACAAUUUUCUCUUUACUGCAUCUUAAAGAAUUAGUACUUGGGUUGGUGUAAAUGACUUCCUUCCAGGGAAUCAUGCCCUAUUUCUACCAGCAGUUCAUACCCAAAUGUCAUGUUUGUCUAUUGUGAACCAUGAAUGAUACUCAGAUAUAUUACUUUUUGGGAAAAAUGGAACAUGUUACUUCCAACCAUGGCCUGUCACCAUGAGUGUGAUCAGCUUUCUCCAAAACCACGUGGGUUGCAGUGGCUAAAGGGUGGUACCCAAAUGUUAGGAACAGUGUUAGGAAAGGGCAAGGAAAAAGAGGUGACUUGGUGUCUGAUGAGAAACCAGUAAAUGACUAAAAAAAAACAGUAAAUGACUAAAAACAUGACUAAAAAAUUAUAUAUAUAAUAUAUAAUUAUGUGUGUGUAUCUACACAAUAUCUGCAAAUUCUAAUUUAUAUGUGUGUGUGUAUACGCAUAGUCCAGACAUCUCCCUCAUAAAAUAACCAUCAGUUCCUAUGAAAACCUUAAGUGGAAGCCAAUUUCCCAUAGUAAAUAAUUUAGGAGAAAAUUAUAAUGCUUAAAAUGUUGCUCAAAACCCCUAACUUAUUACUAAACUAUAAUUGGAACAGUAAAAUGCAUAUCUGUAACUAUCAUAUCAUGAUUUAAAAAUUGCUUAAACCAUUGCUGCGUAAUACUAAUCAAACUUACGGCUGCUAACAAAAGUUGUGAAUUAUUACAUGUCCCCUUUGUAAUGUGCUGCAUGUUUUUUGAAACAUCUCUAUGUGUGUGUUUGUUCCACUGCUGGUAUUUGGAAUGUAAUUUUAACAGUUCCCACACAUGGUUUGGUUAUAAAUUCUGUAUUGCCUUUUAGGGAUAUAAAUAUACAUGUUUUUCUAUGUAAAAAUUAGCUUUAGCUGUCUAACAAAAUUUUGUCUUUACUACAUCCUUAAUACUUAGAACCUGAGUUGGUGGUUAGGGAAACCUCAGGAACAUUUUAAUCACAUUGGGAUUCAGAAUAGCAACAGAACCAAACGUUUUUUGGUGUGUUCAUACAAUCCCUGGAUUUAUAGGUGGAUUUUCUAGAAAGGAAAAAUGAUGUAAUUAGUAUCCUGUUUUUUUCCUGAAGAAAUAAUACUAUAAUAAAAAUUCUAUCCUCUGUACCCCAGGAAAAUGGACAUGAACCUUGAAUUUUCACUUUCUCCAAAUGUUUUUUUGUUUUCACUGAAAAGUAUUAUGCGAUGUCUUUAGAAGACAAAAGCAACUCUUGCCAGUUUUGAAUACUUUCUGCAUAAAUAGACCAGUAAGAGGUAAGUAGCCAUGACUGCCUAUAUGUGUUGAGACAUAAGGUAUAUUUCUUUAACAUACCCAAGCAAGCAUUUCAAAUUCUCUUAACUACUAUACAUGCUCUAAGCUAA